UAACGUAUGCACAAGUCGACCUCUGCGAACGAUCCGCAUGGCGUGGUCCGUUUGCAAGUAACCAAAGCAUUCUCAUUUUUGGAUAAAAUUUAACAAAUCACAAGUUAUUUAUUUGGUCGAGAAUGCUAAUAAAUAUCAACGUAUUUCUAUCCAAAUUUUCGAAUUGUAUCAUUCCUUGCAUAUACGGAAAUAAAGUUUGGAAAAGCUUUAUAUGGAAUAGAGAAUAAAAUAAUCAAUUUAUCAAAAAGGCGCAAAUAUCUUUAAAAAAUUGAAAAUCAAUACAAUAAAAGUUGCAUAAUAAUAUGCAAUACGAAUCGCGACAAAUUAUUCCAUAAAAAUGAUCAAAAAUGUUGCGGUGGGCAUAUCAGGUGGCGUUGAUAGCGCCGUAACGGCUCUUCUACUUAAAAAUAAAGGAUUUAAUGUCACUGGAAUAUUUAUGAAGAAUUGGGACAUUAGAGAUGAAACAGGAAAGUGUGCAGUUGAAAAAGAUUACGAGGAUGCUCGAUGGAUUUGCAAUAAACUAAAGAUUCCUUUAAUACAGGUUGAUUUUGUAAAAGAAUAUUGGAACGAAGUCUUUAGCGAUCUUAUAGAAAAAUAUCAGACCGGAUAUACUCCAAAUCCAGAUAUUUUGUGUAACAAGAAUAUAAAGUUUAAUAAAUUUUUUGAUGUUGCACUUAAUAGAUUUCAAGCAGAUGCAAUUGCGACAGGUCAUUAUGCAAAUACAAGCUUUGGACCUUAUUUGGAAAACUAUAAAGAAGACACUAAUGUACACUUAUUACAAGCACACGACAGUAGUAAAGAUCAAACAUUUUUUUUAAAUCAAAUAUCGCAACAAACCUUAAGACGUUGCAUGUUUCCCCUUGGAAAUUACCUAAAAAAUCAUGUAAAGACGAUAGCUAAAGAAGCAGGCUUGCACAAGAUAGCACAGAAAAAGGAAAGCAUGGGUAUCUGCUUUGUGGGCAAACGUGAGUUUCAAGAUUUUAUUUCAGAGUAUAUAGAUGACAAACCUGGUGAAUAUAUAGACCUAGAUAGUGGACUAUUGAUAGGCAAACACAAUGGUAUUCAUAAAUUGACAAUAGGACAAAGAUGUAGAAUUGGUGGUGGCAGUAAAGCUUAUUAUGUGUUUAAUAAAGAUCAGAAGACAAAUACCAUUUUAGCGGUGGACAGUACAAUUCAUCCAGCAUUGUAUUCUGACUUUCUGAUAACACAAGACAUUCACUGGAUCAGCGAAGAGCCACGCGAAUUAAGAUGCAGCGGUGUAUUGGAUUGUAACUUUCGCUUUCAGCAUAGGAAUCCAUUAAUUACUUGCAAUGUGUACAAAAUAUCCGAUAAUCGUUUAUUUAUCCGUCUUAGCGUACCUUUACGAGCGAUUACCAAAGGGCAGUAUGCUGUUUUAUAUUCUGGAGAAGAAUGUUUGGGUGGCUCAAUGAUAUCAUAUUCAGGACCAUCUUAUUUCGCGCUUAAUCGGCAAAAUUCUAUAAGCGAAACUCGUUUCCAUAAUUUGAUAGCAUUAACUUCAAAUGUACAAAUGUAAAUAUUUAUAAAUUUCAAAAGAAAUAAAACCUGUUUUUCAAAAAUCAUUUAAAAA